UCCAUAAACGUUUGUUCAAAAUCCUCUCCUCGAAAUGGCUAAGUCCACUUCUCCCAUCUUCCUCCUCGUUAUCCUAUCAUCAACCCUACUCUCAGUCAAAUCCAACACAACCACAAUCGAAACAACUUGCAAAACUACAAACAACUAUCACCUCUGCGUCUCAGCUCUCAAAUCCGACCCAAGAAGCCCCACUGCCGACACAAAAGGCCUAGCCGCCAUUAUGGUCGACGUUGGUAUGAAAAGCGCCACCGCAACCGCCACUUACAUAGCCGGAAACCAUACAGCCGCCGCCACAGACGACGCCGUUCUCAAGAAGGUCUUAAAAGAUUGCUCAGACAAGUAUGCUCUCGCAGCUGAUUCACUUCGGCUAACGGCUCAAGAUCUUGAUGAUGAAGCUUAUGACUAUGCUUACAUGCAUGUGUUGGCGGCGCAGGAUUAUCCUAACGUUUGUCGGAAUAUUUUCCGGCGAGCUAAAGGUUUGGUUUAUCCGAGGGAGAUUCGCCGGCGUGAAGUGAGUUUGAAACGUAUUUGUGGUGUUGUCUCCGGGAUUCUUGAUCGGCUUGCUGAAUGAUUAUUGUUGUAUUAAUUUCCUUUUAGAAAAAAACUUUGCUAAAAUGGCAAAAUCUAUGUUUGUAAUUGAGCUUAUGGUAAUUAUAAACCUCUACUAAAUUUGGAAUUUGUAAGUUUUAAUAUAUUUACU